AUGGAGAAGAAAAAAAGGCGACAGCACCCCGAUUGUGGCCAGGAUGCCGCGGAGGAGCGGCCUGGCAAAUUCGCGGAAGACAGCAAUGCUAAAAAGUCGUGUUCCUCCAAAAGUGGAAGCGCUCUCGAGUCUUCACACGAGAAACCCCGGAAGAAGGAAAAGAGGCGAACUGCAGCCGUCGCGGAGCAUGAGCACUGUAGUGGCGAUGACAGCCGACUCGCUGUGAAGGGCGAGAGACAGGCAACACGAGGAGCGGAUGACGAGGAAGACACGGCCAGCAAAUUGUCGUGCCGGAGCGCCAAGAAGAGAAAGGCGAACGCGGAGGGCUCUCGUGCUGAUGUGGAUGCGACCAGUGCUUCAAAGGGCGGUCUGCAUGAUCUGUUUGAGUCCGACUCGGAUGGCGACUUGGAGAUCAGCUCCGGCACGAAAUCGAGUGAUAUCGAUAGGAUCGCCAUAAACAAGGCAUACGCUGAAGCGUACGAAGUUCGGAAGAGAAGAGAAAUGUUGAGAAAGAACAAAGAGUUGCUCGACGACUCAGACGAGACGGAGUCAUCGAGCGAGGAGGAUGAAGAUGGCGAUCUUUUAUCGGAGAAGGUUGAGUCGAAAAUCCUGGACACCUUGGCGCGAAUCAGAAAUAAAGAUCCAUCGGUGUACGACAAGAACUACCGCUUCUUCGGUGACGAUGAUUUCGAAGACGAUCUAGGUGCCGACGCUAAUAAAGACUCAGGCAAGAAGACGACGUAUAAAGACCUGGUGAGACAGACGCUGGAGGAACGUGGAGCAACAGCGUUUGUCGACGAAGAGGACGCUUUGUCUGUAAAGAAAACGGAGUCACAAGCGCCAAGCUAUCACGACGAGUUGGCCGCGCUGAAGAAGGCCUUCGUCGCUGCUGCCGAAGGAGUAGACGAAGACGGUGCUUUUCUUCAAAAAAAAGAAAAGACUGAAGACGAAUUGGCGCAGGAAGAGAAGGAUUACAAAAAAUUUUUGAGCUCGAAAAAAGGAAAGGAACAAGCGGACAUGACCACCGUUCUAAAUCGCUACUGGGCCCCGGACGAGAAUCUCGACCCCGAUGAACGGUUUCUACGAGACUACAUCUUGAACCAAGGCUGGAGGGAGGACAGGGUUGUCCUACAAGAUGAACAGACUAAUCAAAAGUUCGACGAGGAAGAAGACGAACUGAAUAUUGACCAGACAGACGCGUUCGAGGCGGCGUACAACUUCAGAUUUGAAGAGGAAGGUGGUUCAGCUAUCCAGGGCCACGCCCGCCGAGUUGAAGGCUCUGUCAGGCAGAAGAACGACAAGCGACGACGGCAACGAGAAGCGAAGAAGGCACGCCUUGCCGAGGAGAAGGCCCAACGGGAGGAGGAACUCCGGCGACUGAAGGCUCUGAAGAAGCAGGAGAUACUGGAGAGGAUUCAGAAAAUACAGGAGAUGACUGGACACCAGGAACUUGAUGUCAGUGCCAUCGACCUGGAUGCCGACUUCGACCCCGAGUCUCACGACAAAGAAAUGGCGACAAUGCUCGGGGACGACUAUGAGCAGGGGGAGGAAACUGUACCAGAGGACGAACUCCUCAAGGUGCCUGCUGGUUAUGAGCAAGAUUUGGGUGUCUCUGGUGAAGAUGACCACACUCUCCAAUCUUUAUCGAAAAAGCAGCGGAAACUCAUGAAGCUGUUGAAGAAAAGGAACGCACAACCAGUGGCUGACGACGUGGCGUAUGCACCGUUAGCAGAAGGCGAAGAAGGUGUCGAGAACACUGUUGAAAACGAACCAGCAGAUGCGGACGUGGAAGGCAACGACUCAAAUCCACCAGAGCCAUCGGAGCAGGGCCCGUCGGAGUGGUGGAUGUGCGACAGCUGUGGCAGUGGGAUACCAGGAGGAAAAAAAAGGUUCGACUGUAUGACGUGUGAUAAUUACACACUCUGCAAGCACUGCUUCCGCAACGUUCGUCACCCCCACCAACUGGUUAAGCGGACGGUUCCACGGGAUUGCCAGCCUCCGAAGCAUUUCGAACCAGAUUCAGCUGAUGUUUCGAAAACCAUCAAGGAGUACCUGGAUGAGUACUUCCAAACAGACUACGAAGACAUUAUUGGAAAGGACCUUCCUACUCGCUUCAAAUACACGAGUGUCAGACCAGAUAAUUACGGACUAACAGUGGAGGACAUUCUAUCAAAAACUGAUAAAGAGCUCAACGCGCACAUUUCGCUCAAAAAGCUAGCGCCAUAUCGACCGCAAGUGCACGAAUCCAGAAGGAAGUUACAGAGAGCUAUGUUCAGGAAGCAGCACAUUCAUAAAGGAGAGCGCCUCGGUGGGCGAAAGGAUAAGAACGCAGCGGAGCAGAUGACAAAAUUUGGAAUUACUCGCGACCGUCUGGAUGCGUACGGCGACUGA